GUAUGUUAAAAUGAAAUUGUCAUUAAUAAUUAUUUUAGAUGUGUGAUCUGCUCCUGACCUAUAAGCCAAUACACCGGUCAUGUCUUGCACGCGCUGGGAUUUUUUGACGUGUCAGACGCGCGCGUGAUGUCAGAGCAGAGGCGCGCGGGGAGCUGAGAUUCGCCCAACGCUUUCCAGCUGAGCGCGACGCCUCCUGAUAAAGAGCUGCAGUGAGGCGCGCGGAGAGUUUACUCACCCACAGCAGUGCAUCCGGGGUUCAAGGGGGAAGAGAGAGCAGGUGUUUGGAUUGACAGAAACUAAAUCGAGCUGUUACCUGCACUUCUCAUUUGCUUUGUUUUUCCUUCUGCCGCCGGAGUUGUGCGUGUGGCCAUCGUGCCCUGUUGAGCAAGGCCGGAUAGGCAUUAUUUAGCGCCGUGUGUGUGUGUGUGUGUGUGUGUGUGAGUGUGUGUGAGUGGCUGUGCGCUCAGUGGGCCGCCGCGUUCGAUCAUGUCCUCACUCUCGACUCAGUGAGAGGAAUCAAACUUGAUCCGCAACAAGUCGCGCUGCGGGCACCUGAUCCAGACGAGGCGCACGUGUCCCAGGGUGAUGAUGGAGAGCGCGCUUUACCCCCCGGCGGGGAUAUUCGGCACCCCUUCACCAUCCACGGCGGGAGGAAGCAUGGUCACCAGCACUAAACCCCUGGCGUUCUCGAUCGAGCGGAUUAUGGCCAGGACGCCGGAACCCAAGUCGAUGCUUUCUCUCCCGAACUCUGUUCAGCACAGUGCCGCGGGAAAGGCCGACACACGGGCCUCACUCGCUGUGCCUCCAUCCCCGCUGCACUGCGUGCUGCCGCUCAUGCCGCUCGCCUACGAGCCCGCGCACAAACUUCACAGACUAGAGUCGAGCCGCAGCGAGCCCGAGUUUCCCUACAGCGCCGGCGAGCUUCUGAGCAUCGGCGCCGGCGCCAAGGGCGAGCAGCGGGACGCAGCACCGGCGAUUGGACAGUACAAACUUUUCCGGCCACGGGUACUUUCGCACUCAUCCGUGCACACCGCCGCUGCCGCCGUGUGCUACGUAAACUGUGGGGAGAGCGCAUGCGCGCCUCCGCCCGCCGCCCUGCUCAACCUGCACCCGGUGGCCUCGUACCUGCUGAACACCCCGUUACACUCUCGCCACAAAAGCCUUCUGGCGGAGAAAAGCAGGGGCGCGCACGGCCUGGACUCUUACCCCGGAGCGCUGGCGCUGAAGGAGCUCUCCCACUCUCAGCUGCAGCACUACAUGAAGGAGAGCGCGCACAUCCUCUCUGAGAAACUGUUCAAGAGCUCCGCCAAGUUACACCCCGGCUCCCCUCCAGCCAAAGCCAAAGUGUUCACCUGUGAAGUCUGCGGCAAGGUGUUCAACGCGCACUAUAACUUAACCCGCCACAUGCCCGUGCACACGGGAGCCAGACCGUUCGUGUGUAAAGUGUGCGGCAAAGGAUUCCGGCAAGCAAGCACACUCUGCCGCCACAAGAUUAUUCAUACUCAGGAAAAGCCGCAUAAAUGCCAUCAGUGUGGGAAAGCAUUUAACCGGAGCUCCACUCUGAACACGCACGCGCGCAUCCACGCCGGAUACAAACCAUUUGUGUGUGAAUUCUGUGGAAAGGGAUUCCACCAAAAAGGCAAUUACAAAAAUCAUAAAUUGACGCACAGCGGCGAGAAACAGUUCAAGUGCAAUAUCUGCAACAAAGCCUUCCACCAGGUAUACAACCUGACUUUCCACAUGCACACGCACAACGACAAGAAGCCCUUCACGUGUCCCACAUGCGGCAAAGGCUUCUGCAGGAACUUCGACCUGAAGAAGCACAUACGGAAACUACACGACGCUUCACCGGACCCGCACUCACCGGGAACACCCGCAGAGCAGCGCGAGGCCCAGUGAGCACUCCUCCCAAGCUGUGCGCUCGGAACAGCCCACUCCCCGCACAAACCGGGGGCAGAUCCACCAUGCUGCUGAACGCGGCGGUAUGCGGGACUGCGGGUUUGAACGGUUGACUACUCCUGCUGUUCUCACAGACUGCGCUCUUUAUUGUGAAACUGUACUCCUCUAUCCCGCAACCAAACGCUUCAGAUUUGUUUUUAGGGUUUGUUUUGUUCUGUUUUUCAGAUUUGUCGGUGAAAUACACUUAUACAGUGAUACCAUUCUUUUCACUCUCAGGGUUAUGUACUGCGUGCUAUGGUUUAUUCCACACCUUUAUUGACUGCUUUAUUAUUUGUCGGGAAAUUGUUUUAACUUAAAGACAGUGAGUUCUAAGGGUAAUUAGGCUAAUUCUCGUGAUGACGGUAUAUUUCUUCAUUGUGUACAGUGUUUAAUAUUUAUAGUUUGCUGUUCUUUAUCAGCCAUGCUGUUGCCGCUUAUUUUGGUUAAAUCGGUGUGAAUUAUGCAAGAGUUUGUUGUAUAUAAUUAUCACUGGCAUCAGAUUUCGCAUCAAAACAACCUAUAAAUCAUUAUAAUGAGGGGGAAAUAAAAUAAAAAUUACGGUUUAUGUCAUAUCGUUCCUAACGUAUUAUUUCCAACUGUGUGUUAUGGUGUGCAGUUUGCCUGUUUUGUGCAGUUUGUGUAGGAGUAAUGGGACUGUGCCUAAUGAGAAAAUUAACACUCAUUAGGAAAUAGUCAUGAACAUUGCGCUUAAGCUGGAGGAGGUGAGGCCAUGUCCUAGCGUUCCCAGUGGGCUUCUAUAAAUUAACAUGUAUAUUAAUUAAUCUGUGAAUCUGGUAAUAUUUCACAGAAAAACGUCUAUGCAAAGGCAAAGUUGCUCAGAGAAAAUGCAUUGUUGUCUGAGGGAAUUAGCCAAUUAUUGUCUGGUGUUUCUCUAAUAUAAAUCUAUUAGUCUACUGACAGCAUCUUAUUAUUAUUAUUUUAUUAUCGUGGUGUUAUCUGUGAUAACGACUUCUUUAUCUCGUAAAUUCGCCUGUGCUUAUUGCUAUAGUUUAUCAUGAGGUACAGAAGCUACUGUAUACUGCAGCAAAGACACCCCCUUGUGGAGAAUGCUCCCAGCUCCACAACAGCACACUCCUUCUGUUCUACAGGCACCUGAAGCUUUAGGAGUGGAGUUUUAACAUCUGUUAGUUAUGUGCAUUUCACAAAACUGACGAAAAUAGGAAUGUUAACUGUAAGCAUUCAUAUUACACCGCUUAAUAUAAUCCGCAUUCAGUGUUCAAAAAUUCAGUGGGGUUUAUGCACACUACUUUGUUUUUUUUUUGUUUUUUUUUGUAAACUUUUAGGAAAAACCAGACAUCUAAACCGUCCACUUUAUUAGGAACAUCUGUAUGCCUGCACAUUCCAGUAAUUCCAAUAAGCCAAUCAUGUGGCAGCAGAGUAAUGCAUAAAUCAUGCAGAAGCAGGUCAAGAGCAUCUGCAGUUGUCCAGUUUCCUGAACCCGAAGUGGUCUUCUGGUUCCAUGUGCUGUGCAUUCUGAGAUGUGUGUAUGGAAACCAGUACCAAGAUGAUUUGAUUUUCCACACCAUUCUGUGUAAACUAAAGACAUGUACGUGAAAAUCCCAGGAGAUCAGCAGUUUUCGGAAAUACUCAAACCAGCCUGUCUGCACGGUUAAAGUCACAGAGAUCACAUUUUCCCCAUUCUGAUGUUUGAUGUGAACAGUAACUGAAGCGUCAAGUGAGGUGUAUGCAUUACACGCAUACACUACUUAAAGUGUAUUCAUUACACCCAUACACUACGUGACGUUUAUGCAUUACACUCAUACACUACUUAAAGUGUAUUCAUUACACCCAUACACUACGUGAAGUGAAGUUUAUGCAUUACACCCAUACACUACGUGAAGUUUAUGCAUUACACCCAUACACUUCGUGACGUUUAUGCAUUACAACCAUACACUACGUGAAGUGUGUGCAUUACACCCAUACACUACGUGAAGUUUAUGCAUUACACCCAUACACUACGUGAAGUAAAGUGUAUGCAUUACAACCAUACACUACGUGAAGUGAAGUUUAUGCAUUACACCCAUACACUACGUGAAGUUUAUGCAUUACACCCAUACACUACGUGAAGUUUAUGCAUUACACCCAUACACUACGUGAAGUAAAGUGUAUUCAUUACACCCAUACACUACGUGAAGUGAAGUGUGUGCAUUACACCCAUACACUUCGUGACGUUUAUGCAUUACACCCCUACACUUCGUGACGUUUAUGCAUUACACCCAUACACUACGUGAAGUGUGUGCAUUACACCCAUACACUACGUGAAGUGAAGUUUAUGCAUUACACCCAUACACUACGUGAAGUGAAGUUUAUGCAUAACACCCAUACACUUCGUGACGUUUAUGCAUUACACCCCUACACUUCGUGACGUUUAUGCAUUACAACCAUACACUACGUGAAGUGUGUGCAUUACACCCAUACACUACGUGAAGUGAAGUUUAUGCAUUACACCCAUACACUACGUGAAGUGAAGUUUAUGCAUUACACCCAUACACUACGUGAAGUGUGUGCAUUACACCCCUACACUACGUGAAGUGAAGUGUGUGCAUUACACCCAUACACUACGUGAAGUGAAGUUUAUGCAUUACACCCAUACACUACGUGAAGUGAAGUUUAUGCAUUACACCCAUACACUACGUGAAGUGUGUGCAUUACACCCCUACACUACGUGAAGUUUAUGCAUAACACCCAUACACUACGUGAAGUGAAGUGUGUGCAUUACACCGUAAACGCACUGUACUAGCGUAGUCACGGGCUUCUAUAUUGUCUAUUCUUCGGUAAACGCUUAAAUUAGCUAUUAAAUGCUUAUCAGUCUCACAUCUCGUGGAUAAAUCAGAUCGCCUGCCCUCAAGUCCAUGCGUGGAUUCGUGCUCUUUUUAAAAUUGAGCAAGUUAUGUUCGCAUAAUUACAGGAGUGAUAACUCAUUUAAAUACAGUACGGAAACAAACCAGCGGUCUCCAUGCUUUUACUGACUGUGUGAAGGUUUGGGUGAGUGAUAAGG